AUGUCUCAAACGCAAGACAUAAAAGCUAAACAAGGUAAAGAAGAGAGUGGAAGCGAAGGUAAAUUGUCGGAGAAGAAGAACAAAGGUGAAGAAGAAAGAGCAGAGGAAGAAAAGGGCGGGAAUAGUUAUUUAGGAGAAGAAAAAUUGGAUAUUAGCAAGCAAGCAGUGGUUGGUGGACCUGAUAAUCAACAAACAGCAUCGGCUGCGUUAUCACAGCAACAACAGCCUCAGAAGGCACCUCCACAAAUCUCGUCGUAUAUGGGGUAUUAUAAUGGAGUGAUACCACCAUUUUAUCAAUCAUUUCCGUAUCCUAAUGUUUCGAAUGCACCGUAUAAGUAUUACGGGCCUAAAGUUGGCCAAGCAUAUAAUGCGGCAGCGGUCCAGGAAGGCCAACCAAACCACCAGACAAUUCAAACACAGCUCCAGACACAAUCGCAAUUACCAGCUCAGAAUCAGUUACAACCUUCGUCAAAACAACCCCAGAUGUCGGUGCAACAAGUACAGGCACUUCAGGACCAUCAGCAUCAACAUUUACAAGCAAAUCUACAACAAGGGCAACAAAUGCCGCUUACACAACAUAAUUCUCCUCAUGGAAUCGGGGUUGAGAAUUUCCAAAUAUCACAGUAUCAACCGACGAAUACUUUUAAGGUUGGGAGGCCCAAGAAAACCGAAGAUAAAAUCUCGAAGAAUAAAUUCAAUUCGAAAUUCAAGACCAAAAGCAUUAAUGACAGACCUUAUGCGUGCUCAUUUCCCGGGUGUGACUGGGCCUUUGCUCGGCAGUCUGAUUUAAGAAGACACGCGAAGUCACAUUCAGAACCAAGUUAUCAUUGCCCAUAUUGGAGAAAUGAUCCAACAUGCCAUCGUAACGGCGGGGCAUUCAACAGAUUGGAUGUUCUCAAGAGACAUUUAAAGCUAGUCCAUUAUGUCCAGGAUAAACACCAGAUAGUUGAUGGAUCUAGAGAGGAUCCUGGAUGGUGUAGAGCAUGCCAAAGAAUGUUUCCAAACUCUAAAACUUUCAUAGACCAUUGCUUGGAAUGUGCCCAACAGUUGGCCCCAGCUGAAUGGAAAUCAAAUGAUCCUCUGAAACCUGAACAGAAUCAACGUCAGUUAAACAAUAAUCAUAAUACCCAAGGUAUUCAUAUAUCACACCAAUAUAUUCCCAACAGUACUCAGGGUCAUGACAAUCAGAUUUACCAGAUUUCAGAUAUACCCAAAAUUAAUAACCAGGAUACUAACGGCAUUUUGCAGUCACCACCACCAAACACUGCAAGCUCAGGUAAUCAUGGCAAUGAGAAUACGCCAAGUGGACAGAAUGAAAAUAAAGAUAAUGAGUCGUUCUUUUUAGAGAAAGUACCUAGCAAUCCUCAUCAGAAUUUUAAUGUGUUUAAUAAUGCAGCUCACGCAAAUUCAAGCUAUUAA